AUGGCCAGUAGGAAAUUUGCAUGUAAAAAUGACCCAGAUUUGUUUUGUUUUAUAUGCGGACACUAUAUUUUUGGAAAAAAAGGUAGAAAAAUAACACCAAACCUAAAGAUUGCAUAUUUACGUUAUUUUGGUUUUGAAAUAAGAAAUGAAGAGAAAUCUUGGACACCAAGUUUAAUUUGUCCAAAUUGCAACAUAACGUUGAAUAGCUGGAUGUCUGGAAAAAACGUUUAUUUGAGUUUUGGCUGUCCAGUUUUAUGGGCAGAACCAGUGGAUCAUUUAGAUUGUUACUUUUGUGUGAUAAAUAUUACUGGUAUAAACUCAAAAAAAAGAAAAUCUCUUCAGUAUCCAGAUGUUACUUCGGCGAAAAAACCAGUUCUACAUGAUGAAAAUCUACCAAAACCAAAACAUCCUUUAAGUUAUGACAAAUCAAGCAAAAACGAACCUAGUUUUGAUACGUCUUCUUCUGAAAAUGAAUUCGAUGCAGAAAAAAAACAUGAUGUAACACAAGCCGAAUUAAAUGAUUUAAUUAGGGACCUUAAGUUGUCGAAAAGGGAUAGUGAAGUGCUAGCAUCGCGCCUUAACCAAUGGAAAUGUCUUGAUAAAUCGACAAAAGCGCUAUUUGGCACAUUUCCAGAUUCGGGCAAGAAACAAGCCGUCUUAGAGACGGAAUCUUUAACUAGUCAACUAGAUUCUAAAUAUACGAACCUACAACACUUUGUGGCUAAUUUGUUGAAUCCAAAACCUAUUGUCGAUACAAUACAAGAACAUGAAAAAUUUGGUAAUGAUGGAGAUAAGUUGAGAUCCUUUGGGACAGCGGUUAUAGGAAAGUUUGAAGGUUUUUCAAAUGUUUUAAAUACUGCUGUGGACAUUCCAUUUGAAAAGGCUAAACAAGUUGGAAAGAAAAUUACAAAUUCCCUUAAUGCCGUAGGUGGUAAAUUGGUUGGAUUGUAGAUUUAUUUAUAAUUAUAAUUUGUUAUUAAGUAUGUAUAUAUGUAAAUAUAUAUUUUUUUUAAUUUUAAAACAUUUCUCAAUAUUUUAAAUCUUUAUUAUUGCUCAACUCUUUUAUGUACCUACCUAUAUGUCUUGUGUAAUUAUUUAGCCAGACAGUCAAGUACCAAACUCAUUUGUACGGAUAUGAAUAUAGUGUUUGGGUUAUAAU